AUGCGUCUGCUCUCGCUUUUCUUAAGAAAAUGCAAUCUGGAUCUCAUUUUAAGCCUAACAUUGUCUCAUACUUCCUUGACCUGUAAGGACAGGUUGUUACAACAGGCCCUUGACCUGUUCUCCUCUAUGAAAACUAAGGGCAUUAAACCCAAUGUUGUCACUUAUACUUCCUUGAUUCGAGGCCUCUACAAUUCCGGCUGUGGGGAUGAGGCUCAGCGUGUGUUGACUGAGAUGUUAGAGAGCAACAUUGCACCAAAUAUUAAGACCUACAGCAUGCUGGUUGAUAUGUUUUGUAAAGAUGGGUGCGUUGAUCAAGCUCAGUCCAUACUAAAGCACAUGAUUGAGAUAGGUGUGCCUCCAAACAUCCUUACUUAUAGUAUUUGA